UGACAGUUGCGUUUGCCAUAUUUGCUUGAUCUGCGUUUCGGUCAAUUUUACAAAUCGGAAUCAAAGACAAUGUGAACGAUUUCUCGUUCGGUCAAUUAUUCGUUCGGUAUUGGUUUGGUGAUGAUUUUUAUUCCAUUUUGUCUUCAUUUUAAUGAACAACUAUAGGCAUCGCAUUGCCAACAAUUUGCUGUGGAUUCUUUGGAUUUUGUUGUUGUUUCAAUACUUUGGCGCGCUAUGAUAUACAUAUUCCGGUUGCCCUUUUUUAUCUUGAACGUUUUUUUUUUCAGCCGUAUUGAAGGAACCGUGAGUGGUGCGCUUGCGCUUGUUGAUGCCGCAUCAAUAUAUUUAUUUUACUAGUAUGUGGUAGAAUAAACUCGAUUCUUUUGAACAAUAGCUGUGCCGUGCGUUAGUUUUCGCCUUAAACUUCUUCUCACUCUUUUGUGCGCACUUCUUUCAUUCGGGCGUCUCAUUUACACACAUCGCUCACGUAUUUCGCUUUUUGUCCAUGUAUCGUUUUUACAUUGCGUCAAAAGUUUCGAAUUAUAAAUGUGUUGUCGUGAAGCGGCACACUAGUCAGUCAUUUCUAAAUCGGAACCACGUUCAGACUUAGAAAUCGUAGACGGCAUAUAGUUGUUUCGGAAAAACGAAAUUCGUUCUUUGGUUUCGAAAAAAAAAAAAUUAAAAUCACUCAACUUUUCGGUUUUCCAUAUCAAAAUCGUUUCGGUUUGAUUUGCUCACAAGAACACGUCAACGAGUUGAUACAAUAACAAUCACCGCAUACAAAUUUCAACUCGAUACCAAUUUUUAGUGAUAAAAUACCGACAAGUUUAGGAUAAAAGAAAAGAGAGAGAUUUUAUUUUAUAUACGCAGAUUUACAGAAAAAAAAAAUGUUCCACUUAAAAUCGAUUGUAUCGCGAAGUGCGGCCAUUGCUUCAAAGAAUCAAUUGGCAAAAUUUGUUCCAACCACCGUCCUGUCCAGCAGAAACUAUGCCGAUCAUCAAAUUCCAGAUCGCUUAAAAGAUGUUGCUGAUGCCAAAGAUCCUCGUUUCUUCGAUAUGGUUGAAUAUUUCUUCCAUCGUGGUUGCCAAAUAGCCGAAGACAAAUUGGUUGAAGACACGAAAGGUGCCACUUUGGACGAACGUAAGAAGAAGGUUAAAGGUAUUUUGAUGUUGAUGCAAGGAUGCGAUCACAUCAUUGAAAUUUCGUUCCCAUUGCGACGUGAUUCGGGUGACUAUGAAAUGAUAACCGGAUAUCGAGCACAACAUUGCACUCACAGAACACCAACCAAAGGCGGUAUUCGGUAUUCGCUUGACGUGUCACGUGAUGAAGUGAAAGCUUUAUCAGCUUUGAUGACAUUCAAGUGUGCAUGUGUUGAUGUACCAUUCGGUGGCGCCAAAGCCGGUUUGAAACUCAACCCAAAGGAAUAUUCAGUUCAUGAAUUGGAAAAAAUCACACGUCGUUUCGCCCUUGAAUUGGCGAAAAAAGGAUUUAUUGGACCAGGCAUUGAUGUGCCGGCUCCAGAUAUGGGCACUGGUGAACGUGAAAUGGCAUGGAUCGCUGAUACAUACUCAAAAACCGUUGGUUAUCAAGAUAUCAAUGCACAUGCUUGCGUUACCGGUAAACCAAUCAACCAGGGUGGUAUUCACGGUCGUGUUUCGGCCACCGGUCGUGGUGUAUUCCACGGUUUGGAAAACUUCAUCAAUGAAGCAAAUUACAUGAGUGCCAUCGGUACAACACCUGGAUGGGGAGGCAAAACGUUUAUCGUGCAAGGUUUCGGUAAUGUCGGCUUGCACACUUGCCGGUACUUAACACGUGCUGGAGCCACUUGUGUCGGAAUCAUCGAACACGAUGGAUCCAUCGUUAAUCCAGACGGUAUUGACCCAAAACAAUUGGAAGAUUACUUAACCGAGCACAAAACGAUUGUCGGAUUCCCAGGUGCUAAGCCAUAUACAGGAGAGAAUCUUAUGUUCGAACCAUGCGACAUUUUCGUACCGGCUGCCAUUGAAAAAGUUAUCACAAGCGAAAACGCUGGCCGUAUUCAAGCCAAGAUUAUUGCUGAAGCUGCCAACGGUCCAACAACACCGGCCGCUGACAAAAUUCUCAUUGAACGCAACAUCUUGGUUAUUCCUGAUUUGUACAUUAAUGCUGGUGGUGUGACUGUUUCAUUCUUUGAAUGGCUUAAGAAUUUGAACCAUGUUUCAUAUGGUCGUUUAACCUUCAAGUAUGAACGUGAAUCAAACUAUCAUCUGUUGGAAUCGGUGCAAGAAUCGUUGGAACGCCGCUUUGGCCGUGUUGGCGGUAAGAUUCCAGUGACGCCGUCCGAAGCCUUCCAAAAACGCAUCUCCGGUGCAUCCGAAAAAGAUAUCGUACAUUCUGGCUUGGACUAUACAAUGGAACGUUCAGCUCGUGCCAUUAUGAAAACCGCCAUGAAAUACAAUUUGGGAUUGGAUCUGCGAACCGCUGCCUACAUCAACUCAAUCGAAAAAAUCUUCACCACAUAUCGCGAUGCUGGUCUCGCCUUCUAAAAAGCAACAUCAACACCACCCCAGUAGCUGAAAAAAAAACACCCGUUCUUCUAUUUUCAAACACUAACACGAACAAGCAAUAGGUAGCGAACGCCAUUCUCACAAUUUGUUAUUUGAAAGAAGAAGAAAAAGUAUUUUCUGUUCGCAAUAUACACCCAGUUAUACCGUACUUUAUUUGUAUUCCGCCAAAUUGUUGUUAUAAUAAAAUGCUACAAUUGUCACAUAACUAAGAAACAUUUUUAUUUCUUGCCGUGGAAAAAAACAUGAGAAAUUUAACCGAAAAUAUUGUAAAAUAAAAUAAAAAACUAAUGUGAAAUUCAAGACGUUUUAAAGAAAAUGAUGUUCUAUUACAAAUAAGUAAGUCGUGCAUUUUGCUUCAAUAAAAAGAAAAAUUUAUUAAAUGUGAAAAA